UUUUUUUUUUUUGUAUCUAAUAUACCUUUUAGUUCAAUGGCAUGGACUUUACGGGAAAUAAUAGCAUGUACCUUGGUACUUUCGGUUCUCAUGUUUCAAGCUGCCAUUGUAUGUUUUGCUACCUUGGUAACUUUUGUAUGUAUUUGGCCUUUCUCAAAACAACUUUAUAAAAGACAACUGACUCAUAUUCUCAGUUACUGGUCACAAAACUUGAUUGGUCUUAUUCAAUGGUUAGCACCUAGUCAGAUGGUUUUUUAUUUCGAUGAAUCCUGUCCUCCUUCUACUCAUAUUGUCAAGCAAGCUUAUCAAAAACAACAACAACAACAAAAAAAAUGUUAUUCAACUACCACCGGCGAAUUGAAUUUUCCGGAUAGAACCAUCAUUAUCUCAAAUCAUCAGAUUUAUGCCGAUUGGAUCUAUAUUUGGUUUAUAGCAUAUCUUUCUAAAGCUCAUGGAUCAUUGAAAAUUAUGUUAAAGAAUGAACUCAAAUACUUACCUUUCUUUGGUCUUGGCAUGCAAUUGUUUGGAUUUAUAUUUAUGAAACGAAGAUUAAUAGAUGACAAGGAUACUAUUAUUCAAAAUUUAGAAAAAUCCAAAUUGACUCAUCAACCUAUGUGGCUCAUCUUAUUCCCUGAAGGCACUGUUAUAUCUAAAGAAAUGCGUGAACGAUCUAAAGCUUAUGCCUUGAAAAAUAACAUGGAUGACAAUUUGUUUACAUUAUUACCAAGAUCUACUGGAUUGAAACUUUGCACAACAACAUUAGGUGAUAGUGUAGAAUGGAUAUAUGAUUUGACUAUUGGUUAUCCUGGUAUUCAACCUGGAGAAAUUCCUGAAGAUACAUUACGAUUAAAACAAAUCUUUACUGGACGUGGACCUCAACAAAUUCAUAUACAUAUGCGUAGAUAUCGUAUUAGUGAACUUCCGUUAGAUGAUGAUGUUGCCUUCUCGAAAUGGAUAAUGGAUCGAUGGGUGGAAAAGGAUCGACGAAUGGAACAAUUUUAUGAAGAAGGUAGAUUUAGUUCAUUUGAUCAUCAUCAAGAUGACGAUAGUUGGGUACAUGAUGGAUCUCCUUUAUUAGGUAGAAGUGGUGCUCAUACUUAUCGUGUACCUAUUCGACUUGAUCAUCCUUUCAAAGAAUCUUUUGGUCUUUGGCUUUAUAUGAUUCCUUAUAUUCCUGUAUUGUAUAUCAUUUAUCGUUUAGCAACUUAUUUGUUAGCUCGAUAUUAUUAUUAGUUACUGUAUUUUUAUUUCUAUAUUAUUGUAUAAAACUUUUGAAGAUAAAAAAAAAAUAAAAAAAAUCGUCUUAUAUUAAUUAUUAAGAACAAUGAUGUUUACAGACGCAAGUGAUUUACAAAAUGCAGCAGGAUGAUCCAUUAUGAUUUGGUCAGUAAACCCC